CCCAGCGGCAGCGGGGCAAGGAUGAAGGACCGGACCGGGGAGCUGCGCGCUGCCAAGGACAGUGAUGAUGAUGAUGAAGUCACCGUCAGUGUGGACCGGGACCGUUUCAUGGAUGAGUUCUUUGAGCAGGUGGAAGAAAUUCGAGGCUUCAUUGAUAAAAUUUCGGAGAAUGUGGAAGAAGUGAAAAGGAAGCACAGUGCCAUUCUGGCUUCCCCCAACCCUGAUGAAAAAACGAAAGAGGAGCUGGAGGAGCUGAUGUCUGACAUCAAGAAGACGGCGAACAAAGUGCGCUCCAAACUAAAGAGCAUUGAGCAGAGCAUUGAACAAGAGGAGGGGCUGAACAGGUCAUCGGCCGACCUGCGGAUAAGGAAAACUCAGCACUCCACGCUGUCCCGCAAGUUCGUGGAGGUGAUGUCGGAGUACAACGCCACGCAGACCGACUACCGGGAGCGCUGCAAGGGCAGGAUCCAGAGGCAGCUGGAGAUCACUGGCAGGACCACCACCAGCGAGGAGCUGGAGGACAUGCUGGAGAGCGGCAACCCGGCCAUCUUCUCCUCUGGGAUCAUCAUGGAUUCAAACAUCACCAAGCAGGCUCUGAACGAGAUUGAGACACGGCACAGCGAGAUCAUCAAGCUGGAGAACAGCAUCCGAGAGCUGCACGACAUGUUCAUGGACAUGGCCAUGCUGGUGGAGAGCCAGGGAGAGAUGAUUGACCGCAUCGAGUACAACGUGGAGCACUCGGUGGACUACGUGGAGAGAGCUGUGUCCGACACCAAAAAGGCGGUGAAGUACCAGAGCAAAGCCAGACGGAAGAAGAUCAUGAUCAUAAUCUGCUGUGUGAUCCUGGGCAUCGUCAUCGCCUCCACCUUCGGCGGCAUUUUCGGCUAGGCUGCCCCCGGGACUGUCAGUGUGCGAUGGAUGGAGCCGCGCGUGCCGUGGGGCUGCAGCCGCCCGGAGCCCCCCGCGCAGCCCCGGAGCCUCCCAGCAGCAUUUCAGUUUCAUGCAUGGUUGUUUGUGACGCUGUGUGUGCGGUGCGGUGCGUCUGUGUGGAGGGAGCUCCGGCCCCGGGGC